AUAAACUCGGUUCCUCGGCUCCUAUGUUACUAUCAGUUUGUUUCUGUUUGGUUUUAUUUUUCGGGUGUUUCUUUCUUUCUUUCUGCUUCGUCGCUCGCGCUCAUUGUUUUUGUUUUUGUUUUAUUUUUGCACCUUAACACACUCUCUCUCGAUCACACCACCGAUCACCAAACUCCUCCUCCGCCUCCUUCUCCGGCCACCGCGCUCCUCAAUCAACCUUCUCAAGGCUUCAAUCUUCAGCUCAUCCUUUCAACCUCUACUGCAAUCAACCAAUUAGGUCGUGAUCGAGCUCUUACAGAUUACAGGGGCAGUGUCUGUAAGUGAGGAUGAAUUUGCAACAACCUGGGCAACCUAAGUCCUCUAAUGGAUAUGGCCGUCGAAAAUCUGAAAGAGAAGGGGCAAAUAAGUCAGAGAAUAAGAUCCCAUCUGGAAAUUUAAAUGCCAGCAGAUUGACAAGUACAGUUGCAGCAGGUGCAGUGACUGGCAGUGAAGGUAGUAGUUAUGAGAGUCCCUCACAUGAUCGACUCGUGUAUAUAACCACAUGUCUAAUUGGGCACCAGGUGGAAGUCCAGGUGAACAAUGGGUCUAUAUACUCAGGAAUAUUUCAUGCAACAAAUACAGACAAAGAUUUUGGAAUCAUUUUGAAAAUGGCUCGCUUGAUAAUGGAUGGUUCUUUACGAGGGCAGAAGUCUGGUGAAGAAUUUUUCAGCAAGACGUCAAAGAUUUUAAUUAUACCUGCCAAAGAACUUGUACAAGUUAUAGCACAGGAUGUUUCUGUUACCAGAGAUGACCUACUGAGUGAAUCUUAUCAUGACAUGCAUCAGGAAAUCAUGGUUGAUUCAUUAAUAUCUCAAUCUCGUCAUGUUGAAUCAGGGAGAGAAUUAAAACCCUGGGUACCUGAUGAAGAUGAUCCACAGUGCCCUGAACUGGACAAUAUCUUCGAUGGCCAGUGGAAUAGGGGUUGGGAUCAGUUCGAAACGAAUGCGACAUUGUUUGGUGUAAAAAGCACAUUCAAUGAGGAACUCUAUACAACAAAGCUUGAAAAAGGGCCUCAAACAAGAGAAUUGGAAAAGCAAGCUUUAAGACUAGCAAGAGAAAUUGAGGGCGAGGAAACCCAUGACCUCCAUCUUGCAGAGGAAAGGGGCCUUCCCAUUCAUGAAGACUUUGAUAUUGAUGAAGAAACUAGGUUUUCUUCAGUCUAUAGGGGUAAACAUGUUGAUGAUAGUGAAUAUGAGGAAAAUGAGAACAUACUGUUGGAUUCACACAAUUCUGAAACUUUCGGUGGUACAUUUGGUUCGGUCAUUAAGAGGCCUGGGGAAAUAAAUAGUUGGAAAGGCAAUGGUGGAGCUCAUGCAUUGGCAAAUUCCUUCUCCUUGGAUUACCCACCGCAGCCAUCUCAAUCAAGUAUUGGUGUCAAUUUAAUCCACUCUGGUUCUUAUGAUCAUGCUAAGCAGUUAGCAUCUGAACUCCCUGCUAAAAUCUAUUCUUCUUCAGAUGGGGAAAGCAGGAUUCAGGAGAUCUCGGUUAGUAAUUUACAUGGAGCCAAGAGUAAUACUAAAGAAGAAAAUUAUAUAUUUGCUGAGGAUGUUCAACUGUCAAAAUCUGAAGAUUCACAGGCAUCACUCUACUUGAAGAAAGAUGGAUCUGAUAAAGGAGCAUUAUUAUCUGCGAAUGCCAGCUCCUAUGCCCCUUCUUCAUCUCAUAUUAUAUCAAAAUCUCAUCAGAAGACGGGAUCACCUGGGGAAUUGAUUGAGGGUUCAGCAUAUGGCAAAGGUAAUGUGGAAACAAAGUUUGUAAAUUUACGUGGGACAUCCCGUGGGUCAGAUUCUAUGGGAGGUGUGGCGGCAUCUUCUGGUCCUCGUUUAUCUCCAAGUUCAUCAGUUGGUUCAUUGUCGUCUGAAAAGUCAACUCUGAAUCCCAAUGCAAAGGAAUUCAAGCUCAACCCUAAUGCCAAGAGUUUUAUUCCAUCACCUACUCGACCUCCCACUCCGGUGUCCGAUGCUUCCUUCUAUUUUCCAACUAAUGUAACAAACAUGCAAGGCAUGCCUAUGAGUAUCGGAGUUGGAGCUACUUUUUCUGGGCCACAGCCUAUCAUAUAUAAUCAACCAUUAGGCCAAAUGCCAUCUUCUCAACCAUAUUUUCAACCAAAUGGACCACAGUAUGGACAGCUUCUUGGUCAUCCUAGGCAAGCUUUGUACAUGCCGAGUUACCUACCUGAAAUGCCGUACAAAGGACGGGAUUAUUGACGACCUACCUCACUGACUGUAUUAUUAGCAAGUGACCUUGCUUGAAAAGAAUAAACCAAGUGGAUGUCCUGAAAAGUUUUAAAUUAUGAUAUCUGCAAGCUUAUGUGAAGAUUUCUAAAGGUUUAUAGAUUCCAAGCAAGUUGGCUCAAAUUGGAAUAUAAUUUAAUGACCUUGUGUUAAUCUAUAUACAUGUUUUGGGGUUUCUCAGGUUUUGGUUGUAUAAAUAGCUGAACUCAGAUUCACCCCCACCCUUUCCUUUAUUCCUUUUUAAUACAGUGCAACAUUUACUUUUUUA